CUCCCCCUUGCCUGUUCACACACGCACUCGGCUUCAUGCUGCACACACACACCCACCGCCUCCACUGACUGACUGACAGAGUGUGCACAUCAAAGAAGAAGAGCUCGCACAGGACAGUAACACUCAGGACUGUUUGUGUGAAGAAGAAGAAGAAGAAGAAGCAGCUUUGAUUGGGGAUUCUUUUUAAAAAAAUCUUUGGCUUGACACUAAAGACAGAGAGCGACUUUUUCUCUCUCAAGGACCUGCCACUGCUUCUUCUGCCAGUGACGACUCACUCGACAGGAUGACAUGGCGUCCUCAGUACCGCAGCUCCAAGUUCCGCCACGUGUUCGGUAAGGCCGCCACCAAGGAGAGCUGCUAUGAUGGUGUGCCAAUCACACGCAGCGUUCAGGACAACAACUUCUGUGCUGUCAACCCACGUUUCCUGGCCGUGAUCACAGAGUGUGCCGGAGGAGGGGCCUUCCUGGUGCUGUCCAUCCAUCAUACAGGUAAAGUGGACCCAACCCACCCUCGAGUGUCGGGCCAUAGAGGCAACGUGUUGGACAUCAAAUGGAACCCCUUCAACGACUACUGCAUCGCCUCCUGCUCCGAGGACACCACGGUGAAAGUGUGGGAAAUCCCUCUGCAUGGCGUGCUGAAAAACCUUACAACGCCGUGGAAGGAGCUGCAGGGUCACAGCCGCAGAGUGGGCCUCAUCGAGUGGCACCCGACCGCCAACAACAUCCUCUUCAGCACGGCCUAUGACUACCAGGUGAUGAUCUGGAACCUGGACUGUCCAGAGCAGGUGAUUAAGAACCCUGUGCGAACCAUCAGUCACCACACCGACGUGGUCCUGUCCAUGUCUUUCAACACAGAUGGGAGCCAGUUCGCCACCACCUGCAAGGACAGGAAAAUCCGACUGAUGGAGUCGCACUCAGGAAACCUGCUGCAGGAGGCCAAUUGCAAGACGCACAAAGCCAGUAAGGUGUUGGUCCUGGGAAACCUGAAGAAGCUCGUCACAUCAGGCACUUCACGGUGGAACGAGCGACAGAUAGCUCUGUGGGAUCAGGAUGAUCUGUCCGUGCCUUUGUUGGAGGAGAACCUGGAUGGUUCCUCAGGGGUCCUCUUUCCUUUCUACGACCCCGACACACACAUGCUCUACCUGGCUGGGAAGGGUGACGGAAAUAUCAGAUACUAUGAGAUCAGCUCAGAGAAACCGUACAUCCAGUACCUAACAGAAUACCGCUCGCACUUACCUCAGAAAGGAAUGGGUGUGAUGCCAAAGAGAGGUCUGGAUGUGAGCUCCUGUGAGGUUUUCAGGUUCUACAAACUGGUGACAAUCAAGGGCCUCAUCGAGCCUCUGUCUAUGAUCGUACCCCGCAGGUCGGAGUCGUACCAGGAAGACAUCUAUCCCAUGACGGCCAGUAACAGGCCUGCUCUGACUGCAGAGGAGUGGCUCAGCGGCAUCGACAAAGGUCCGGUGCUGAUGUCGUUGAAACCUGGAAGUCAAGUAGCAGAGUCCCUUUCAGACAGGAAGGAGCUGGUGAACUCGCUGGACACUCGCCGCUCUCAGAGCAGACCAGGAAUGCUGCAGCUCGCUUACAUUCAGGACCAGCUGGAAACCAAAGACGGCAAACAGGACAGCGCCCGCUCACAGGACGACAGGAGUCGGACGCCUCUGAGCAACGGAGAAGACCUCGCACUUUGCUCUCCUCCCAGGACAGAGAACGAGCUGCGCCUGAAGUUCCACAAGCAGCAGGAGGAGAUCCGACGGCUGAGGGAGCUCCUCAACCAGCGGGACGUGCGCAUCAAACAGCUGGAGCUGGAGAUUAAGAACAUCAAAAACUCCCAGCCGCAGAGCUCGCUUUAAGACUUUUCCUGCUGAGUCACCCUCACCUCCUCACAGGGACACGCAUUACUGUACAAACCUACUACAUCAUCUCCCCUCUAAUGAGCCCCACAUACUCACUGCACAGGGGCGAAUUAAACCUCGAUUUUGUGUUUUUCCCCCGUCUGUCGUUUUGUCGUUUCCACACGUGGUGCACAUAUUUUUUGUAUAUACACUUUUAAAACUCUCUGCACCUUCUGACCUUUUCCUCACGUUUUUUUUUCUUUCACAGCUAUGCAAGGUUGUCAUCAUUUUUUAAGCUUUUUUUAUGCUCUUUGCCACUGAGAGAUGAAAGGAUGUUUGUCUUGACUGAAUUAUGCGGCCGCCUGACGUCCUGUGUGAUUGUAACGGAACAGCAAAUUUAUUUUCUAUGCUUGGUGAUUGUUUUUUUUUUCUUUUUUCUACAUUUAAACUACUGUAAGUGGAGACUGCUGUGGUGUAAUGACAGAUGUCUGUGUGUCUGAAUGAGCUAAAUGAAUGACUUUAUCCCAGCUGUGUUCUGCCAUUCCAUUAAGCUGCAUUUGUUUUUAUUCUGUUUUUUUUUUUUUUUUUUUUUGAAACGACUGGAUCCAUUUCAUAGCCAUUACUGUGUCAGCCAAUUCUGCUAACAGAUGCCAUGUAGCAGUUUGGAUCUUAAUUUAAAAAAAUAUAUAUUUAUUAUAAAAUACAGUCAAGAAAAUGCCAUUUAAUGUUUAAAAAUGACAAAAUCCAGUUUGCUUUAACCUGAUAUGGAGUCACUGUGCAGAGUUGGAACACUACAGAACUUAUAGGUUUAAUUGUGUUCCACUCAGCUCCCAUGUAUUCAUGUUUUCUCCUAGACAGAAUGCUUUUUUAAUUUUAUUGUUCUGACACUGAGGAUUUCUGGUCACGGUUUAUUCAUUUCUGAUCAGAUUUUAAGGCAAAAUGGUUUCUACUAUUGUACUUGACAAUAAAGUCUGAGUAAGUCACA